UUGGAGAAACAGGCGUUGCUACGGGCAGCCUCCGCGUGAGGUCCCGGGCGGGGGCGGAAGUAGGACCCGUCCUGCUCCUUAUGGCGACGUCGUGGAUGGGAGACUGAAAAGAUCAGAUGACAACUAUCAAGCUCAGAGAAUAAAAUACCAAAAAUAUUGUUUCGUAUAGAAGACCAUGACAACUGUGAUCAAGAUAUUAUUGCAUCACUUUUUUUUCUGAUACAAUUUUUCUGCGGUCAAAUAGCUUUUUUAAAUUGUGCUGCAGCUUGCAUUAAAUGUGCACACAGAGUGAGGAUCAGAAUAAAUUGUGAAGCAGUGCAGCAUUCCUUGUGAAGAAAACUUCUGAACAGUGGCAAACCAGGCGUUUUCCCCAGAGGCUGCUUUCCCUCAUGGGAGGCGGAGGGAGAGAUGGGACCCCAGGCUUCUUUCAAGGGCAAGCAGGAUACAAUGGGAAAGAACAAAAGAGAGUCCCUACAAACCUAUAGCUGGUGGAGAGGACCACAGAAAAAGCGAAAGAAAAAGAACAAAAUAAAAGCAGGAAGAACAGACUAUGUUAGUGUUGUUAAUCUUCCAAUCAGACCAGAUUUCUCAAUAGUUGUAGGAGAGCUAACUCCUGAAGUGGAUGAUUUUCAGCUCUAUGACUACUUUGUGAAAAGGUACCCUACAUGCAUUGACUGCAAGAUAGCCACAGACCUACUGGGAUACUCCAGGGGGUAUGGCUUUGUCAGAUUUGGUGAACAAGGUGAUCAGAUGAGAGCACUGCAAGACUGCCAAAAUGCACCAGGUCUAGGUGGAAAACGAAUCCGACUGAGUAUAGGAAUUUCUAAAAGAAUGAAAGCAGAAUUCCAGCGGUAUCAGUCCUAUAACUAUAAUGAUUAUUGUCAAGAUUAUCAGAACUACUACUCACAGUGGGGUUAUGAUCCUUAUGCUGAUUACAACUAUAGCUAUCAUUCCUAUGACAACAUGCAAGCUGUUGGAGAUUCUGCUAUAAGAGAUUCAAUUGUGACUCCAGCUGUAUUUGAGGAGACCCCAAUUGUGACUGAAAGCAAUGAUGAACUAAUAACUGAAGAUCCACAGCUCCAUCUGGAUAUUGAUGAAAUGAACAGAGAAUUUAUGGAGAGAAGUGAAGAACUCUAUGACUCACUCAUGAAUUGUCAUUGGCAGCCUCUGGAUACGGUCACCUCUGAAAUACCUACUGCUUUCUAAAAGUGUCUCUUUCAUGAAUAUAUAGCAUGACCGUUAUGACCAAGGUGCUAACAUUACAUUUCUUCUACAUUACUCUAGACCCUAAGUUUUAAAGCACAAGGAUGGGUUGCUGUCAAAAGCUUAGCAAAACAACCUUUGUAAUUUUUGUUCAUCACUCUACUCAUGAAGCAUCUUGAAAUCAUGUAAAUAUUCUAGAAAUGUAAAGAGUUGACUAGAAUCUCAAGAUAGACUUGCUUGUGUAAAUAAAAACUCGUUUCUGCAAACCUGUCAGUGGGGAAUUUCACUUCUUCACAUGUAAGUAGUUGGUACACAUUCUCUCUUGGGCUUGCAAAAUCCAAAUGGUCUCGUUUCCAUAACUUUCUAAUUUUUACUUUGGAACUGACACCAUGCUAUAGAAUGGCUAUAGCUAGAGUGAACACCACAUCUAUAUUUAUUUGGUACUAGAUGUAAAGAUAUUCUGAAGAUAGUGUUGGCUCAAUUAGCUAGCAACCAUGAGUCUUAGGGACUCCCACACUUGGGAAUGGAGCAUUCAUUCCCAUGGCUCUCCUGCAGCCUCCUGACACUGAAGAAUUGCAGCUGGUCAGCCACUUGCUCCAUUACUGUUUUAGUUUUUUAAUAAACUGAUUUAAACUAGUUAGAGGCCUCCUUAACUUCUGCAGAUGGGGCAGUUGGCAUCUGGCACUUCUGUCCUCCUAUUUAAUAUGUCUUUCAGCAGUCCACUUCUAUUUGCAUAGUGUCCAAAGGUUCACGGAAACCUUUGAAAAUAUCCUUGUCAUCUGACAUUUACUUACGUACAGAGAGCCCAAUAUAUAUAUCAUGUAUCCUUAUAAUCCUACUGUGAGAACUCAUUCUUCUGUACCUUGCUUUCCUCACUGCAUUUCUUUUCUGGCCCUUUGUCAUGCAAGUAAGUUGUACCAACUCAGAUUUCUGUUAAUUUUAGGGUUCUUUACAUUCAAACUCUGUGCCAAGUUCAGCUGUAACAUGCAACAGGAGGAGUGUACAUUACAUUUUAGUAAAAGGUUAUACAGAGACUCCAUCUGGACUUAAAUGUUCUCAUAUUCACACCCUGUGUGUUUGGGGGGAGCUGGAAGAAGAUGUGUAUGUUCCUCCGUUUCUUUCAGUUGGACUCUGAAUUGGAGGAGUUGAAAGACUUCACUACCUAUAUAUAGGAUUUUAAUCUUUAAGGACAAUGAAGUAUGUUGCAGAUACAGGGAUCCCUUCACUAUGUGUGUAGUUUGAGCCUGAGACUGAAGAAUAAAGUUCUGAAGGAGCCAUA